AUGGGUCGUGGAGUAAGCUAUGGCGGUGGUCAAAGUUCAUUGGGCUAUCUUUUUGGCAGUGGAGAGGCCCCAGCCCCAAAACCUGCAACAAAUAAUGCCCAACCUGAAGUGCAGGCUGUAAACGACGUGCCUCCCUCAAAACCAGCUGCGGUUCCUAAAUCAAUAGACCCUAACAAACCUGCUGGUAUCAAUAGUCACUCUACUGAAGGACAGAACACCGGCAACUUCAUCACGGAUCGACCCUCAACCAAGGUCCAUGCUGCCCCAGGUGGUGGUUCUUCGCUGGGUUAUCUCUUUGGUGGACCUGGGGAGGGAAAAUGA